UGUCCGUGGAUUCUUCCUAGAUCCACCAUCAUACUAAGAUUAUCUCCAUCGAUAAAACUGUUUAUUCUUUGGCUCCUGUUUGGGUAUCCCAUUUGCUAUGUGGCCAUAAAGUUGGCAAGACUGUUGGGUCUUUGGGGGCGCACUCCUGAGCUGUGGCCGGGUUUCGAAAAUGAUCCUCAUGCAAACAGAUACCUCACAAACGUGAAACCACUUCGUAACUUAACGGAAGUAUCCACAAAAAAUGGCGGAUGGCGGGAAGUCAGCGACAUUGACCGAGAAAGACACUUUGUUGACCACUGUGACUUCGAUAGGAUCAGUGUGUCGGAUUUGUCAGAAGAAGUGUUUGAAAGAGAAUAUCGCUACAAGAAGCCAGUUUUGAUACAUUUCCCCAACGGUGCAAGCGAGUGGACGAAUAUCGAAAACUGGACCUUGCAGGCACUGCUCUCUGCGUACGGUAGCCAGGAAAUUGCGAGUGGACGAGGGACCGAUUUCUUUUUACAUCUUCAUUCCGACUACGGAACUUUCAGAAUGAGCUUGGAAAACUUCCUUUCGACAAUCAUGGAUAGCAGAGAUGCCCAUAAGGAACUAUAUUAUCUCUACAAUAAAGGCCUCCUCAACGAUUCAUCGGGCCUCCUGAAUACGUUGUGUGUACCCAAAUUCCUGCAAAUUCCGCGUGAUGACCGCAUUCCACUGUUUUACCUGGGAGCAACCUUUUCCGGUAUAUCGUUCCAUCGGCACUCCGAUGCGUGGAAUGGUGUAUUGUUUGGCUGGAAGCGAUGGUUUCUGUAUCCCCCGCACCAGACCCCACCCGGGGGUGUCAGUCCCGGAUUCAACAUGAUGCCGUGGUACGAGGAGAUCUAUCCGAAGCUACCGCAGCAUCUGCGACCUUAUGAGUGCAUGCAAGGCCCCGGAGACAUUACCGGAGUCCUGGUAUCACGAUAA